UGGAUAGUACUAUUGAUACUGAAAUGGCUACCCUGGGAGUGCUAAUUGGCCUGAUUGUAGUCGUGGUAGCCCUGUUGCUGUACGCAGUUACUAUUACUUUCUUGCUCAUUCAGCUCAGACGCAAAGUACCAACCAGGACUGAAGAGAACGGACCAGAUCCUUACAUGGAUCUAGGACCCAGACCCGAUGCAGACACGACAUACCAGGAGAUGGCUAUCACCUCGACGGCUUCGUCCAAAAAACCAGGAGAAAGACGUCUACCAUCAUCAAACCUGAUUUAUGAGAACCAGAAUGUUUCGCAGUCUGCAAACGAAAUAAAUGAGGGUGUUGAUUACGAAAAUGUACUGACCCCAAUGUAAGACAAUUGGAAGCUUCAGAAAAUCAUAGUAUGCUCGUCAGCAAUUUUCUGUUGUCUUGAUUUUCAUUCACAGAUAAGAACAUCAAUGGAUUAAUUCGGUUAUUCUUCUUCGAAAGCAAUACAAAAUCUAACAUAACGUCUUACUUAAAUGAUACUAAACAUUGGCAAAAGUAACUGGAAAAAAAACAUUACUUUUAUAUAGCUUAUUAUAUUCAAAAGAUACAGGUCUACUAUCUGUACUGUGCUAGGAAUAUUGUAAUCAAUUGAAUUUUGGAUAACAUCUUUUUUACAAAUAUUGGUUUGAUUGAUGGGUUUGAUUUAUUGGUUUCUGCAUCUUUUUUCUUUUUUUCAUCAUACAUUUUCAUGAACAUAA